AUGCUGCAAAUUCGGAUCUUGCUUGCCUGUUGCUUGACUUUUGCCGCAGCCGUCGCUUCUCAGGUUCGCGAUGGCGCUCCUGCUCUCGGAACAUCAACUUCUUCGCUCCUGAUUGAUGCGGAGAUAUCGCGGGCGUCGCGAGUGGCGAGUAUCGAGAUCGCGCAUCAUCUUCAGACUGGCGAGAAAGUGGCAGCAAAGAGCUUGGAGUCGGGCGGAUCGCGUUCCCGGCACGAUGGCAAAGAAAUGAUGCAUAUCUGGGCCAGGCAGAAUUCGACACCCUCGAGCCAGCCGCCGCUGUCGCUUUCUACCGUCACACUCACGAGAACAUCCUUCAUCGAGGUACCAAGCGAGACGCAGGUCGUCGUCUCCACGCUUGCCGAGACUGUUACCGUUGUCGACCCUAUCUUCGUCACCGAGACCAGCACCGUCGCGAUCGCGCAAGCCCCGAGCAACUUGGCUAAACGAGAUUUUGCUUCACCAGCAGCCAGGUACCAUGACGAUUCGAUCUCGUCGGCAAACGCCGGUCUUCCUCGUGACAAGGCUCCGCGACCGGAUUCGACAUCACUCUCCUCUCUCCGAGACUCGACCGCUCCACCAACCCCGACGACACUUGUGACCGCACGCCGCGGCGUUCGACGCCAGGUCUUAGAUGCGCCGGUUACUGUCAUUGGAAUGAUCUCGAUCGUCACCAUCGAAACGACGGUAACCCUGACUAGGACGGGCAGCUUCGUCUCGACGGCAACGGUCGUGAACCCCAUCAUAGUAUCUGUGACGGCAACUCCAACUUCAACCACUACCUUGUUCGUCACAGCAGGGUCUUUCACUCCAACCUCAAUCGCAAGCACCCAAGAGGUGUCUACGAUUACCCCAGAGCCGACCACCUCGACAACAGCUUCCGUUCGCACGACUAUCUCCAUGCCAGUCCAAACUUCGCUCGCCUCAAUCUCACACGAGACGAGGACCUCUGUUUUCACGAUCAGCAGCAGUAUUUUGAGCUUGGCUAGCCCAACCAGUGCCAUCACGACUUGGUUCACUGACGAUGCCGACGGAUUCACGUGGCCAACCGUAGCCCCGACCUCGACCUCGACUUCGUCGCGAAUCUCUACUAGCAUCACGGCAUCGUCGACUGUUGCUCCAGGCUCCGGAUCCUCGCUCAGGCUCGCACUGGAUGAUGGCCAGAUCGCAGGGAUAGUUGUAGGUGGUGUCUUCGGCAUCGUCAUCGUCGCGCUAGCCAUCUGGCUCCUUCGCAAGCGCUCCAAGCGUCGCCAGCACGUCAACAUCCCCGAAGACGACUAUCAAAUGACUUCAGCCGCCGCAGCAGCCGCUAUCAUCGACUCAUCCCCACCCGCAAUGAACCAACGCGACCCAAGCGGGCCCCUGCCCAGCAACACGAGUGGUGAAAGCUCCCGCGAGGGCAACGUUCGCAUUGUUAUCCAGCCCACUGAGAAGCGCCGGACUCAGAGCAGCGGUCUCUUCCCUAUCCCAAAGAUUUGGCCGCAGCCGCCCGGAUACAACGGUAGGACUUACAGCUUCUCGGCGGGAGAGAGUGCAGAGUCUUCUCCUCGCGAUCCGAUGACUUGGAGCAAUGCGAGCGAGUACGGAGGUUCGAGCAACCGAGAGGGUCUGCCUGGUAGUGGCACUCGAGUAAAUAUCGCGAUGCGCAAUGCUCAGAGAAAUGAGGGUACUGGUAGUGCAAGUGGUAGCAGAUUUUGA